GAUGAUUCUGUUGAGGAUCAACGUGAGUAGAGCAGAGCACUGACCUCGUUAUUGCGCUUCUUCGAGGAUCUUCACGCUCGGAUGAGAGGAGCUCAGUGAUCCGAAGUAUCCAGACCAUGAUGCCAUGGGCUCUGGGAACAGCAUAAAAGGGCCCUCGAUUCCUGCCCUUCUGUCUGUAUUCCAUCCAGCAUCACAAUCGCAUUAUCUCUCCAAUCCUCUACAAAGAAACACUUCUACUUUAGUUUUUAUAACUAAUCUUUACCACUACAACCGACACCAUGCGUUUCUCCGUCAUCUCUGUUUCCCUCCUCUCCCUCUUCGCCUCCUCGGCUCUGGCUAUCCCCUCCGCUUCUGGCGCCUUGAGCUGCAGCGAUGUCAGCUCUGAGGUCUCUGGCUACGAGCAGCGUCUCGCAAAGGCCACCGACACCAGCUCUCCCAAGUACCAGGCCGCCCAGAACCUGAUCAACUCUGCCAAGAACCUCGAGUCUGCCGACUGCGGCAGCUCCAGCAAGAGAUCCUACUACCCCCCCGAGAGCACCGGUCUCAUUGGAGAGAUCCUGAACGCUGUUGACUCGCUCCUCGAGACUCUCGGUCUGUAAACGACCAACCUAUCACCGAGAAGCGCGACUCUCGACGUCGCGCCUGGGAUCGUCCCGAUCAAGUUCCCUCACAGAGUCGCCGGACGAUGGAGGGAUGCAAUGUUCAGGAUGACCUCGGUAUAGGUUUUUUCCUGAAGGGUUUCCCUAUAUCACAAUGCAAAUGCAGGGGUCAGGGAUCUGAAUGGAAUAAUGGCGAUGUUUCCUAUGUUAAUAAUGGAGAUGUAC